GCCCAAUCUAUCCGAAAGGAAAUCCAUCUAGUUCCCACGUUCUGCAUUACUUCUUUGUACAGCAAGAAACAGCCAUUGCUGUGCAGUCAUCGUUGCUUCUUGUCGUGAUAUAGGCAACACACUUCUCCAGGCGGAUUACUUGUUCAUAUUCCCACGAGAGUCUUUAAUAUACCCAAGGUAGUGGCGUUCUCACCCCAGUUCUUAUGGUUGUGUUGUCGUUGUUCUCUGGUGCUGGGCACUUGAGGACGGUAUAUGAAUGGGCAAGGACUUCGGGACUUGUGAGCUAAUUGAUAUCGCACGGGCCAAUUCCCGUUGCGGCCAUUCGGAUGUGGGACGCGGGCGCUUACGAUGUAAAUUCCGCUAACGGAUAUGAUCCUUCGUAUUAUGGAGCCGAAUGGAAUGGAUAUCAGGAUGUUGGCGACCCGGCGCCGCCGGGAGUUGAUCCUGCGCCCCCUGGAGUAGAUCAAGCUCAAGGUUGGUCAACAACAGGGCAACAAUGGGCAGAACACACAGAGUCUGGGGCUCAGUCGGGUGUUCCCACCGCCAGCACAAUAGAACCCGUAGUUGAGACCUCAUCAGUGUCGACACUUCAAGCACCAGACUCUAAUGGCAAAAUUGAUCCACCUAGCGCUGUAGCUGGUGCGGCAGCUGCUAUACCGUCGGAAGGGGCUGAGGCAACGGCGUCUGCUGUGCAAGGAGAUUGGUCACAGUACCAGGGGUAUGACUAUACGGCCUACAGUGGCUAUGGAUAUUAUGACCCUAACACCGCCUACUAUGGAACCGCUGGAUAUCAGUAUACGGGACAAGCUUAUGGCCAAUAUUACGGUACUGCAUAUGCUGCUGCUGCGGCGGCCCCUAAAGAAAUCCACAAUCCUUUUGAAGAAAUGAAAAAGAAGCAAGUUGAAGAAGCGAAACCAGUUGAGAAGAAGGUUGUAGAGAAAAGGAAAGUUGUUGUUAUCCGACCAAAGCUUGGCCCAAAGGACAAACAUGGCGUAAAAUUGGAGAAUGCUUCGGAUCAGGAAAAGCUGGACAGCACAGAGAAAGAGCCUUCUGCAAGUAACGGCUGUGCUAAUGGUCAUAAUCUGCAGAAUGUAAUACCUGUUGCUCGUCUUGAUAAGCAACCUGAGCAGGGCGACGUGAGCGUUCAAGCUGCCCAGCUGGAUAUCAAUGAUCAGGUUGACAAACUGGUUAAAGAGGUACAUGCGGCGAGAAGCUUGAAAGAAGAUAAUGGCCGGACUGCGAAGAAAGAGCCUGCAGCGAGAGCCAUGGCAGAUGAGACUAGUAAGCCCACAGGUGCCGGCUCUUUGGAAGUCGCAUUGCAAGAAAAGGAAAAUAUAACAGGGGGUGGCGACGGCAGUUUAAAAUACGGCGACCGAGCAGGCUCGAUUAAAGACAACGACGCUGAGGUGAGAGCGCCUAGAGUUAAUGGCGAAAAGAUAUUGGAGGAGGCGGCAGAUAUGGAUGUUGAUCCCUCUGAUGACGAUGAACUCGUUCUGACAGAUUCGGAUGAACCGAAAGCAUUACGGUCGCGGGUUCUAGCUGAUAAACGAGCCGCCGCAGCGAACAACCGAGUUGAAUUACGUAUUGGUCAAGGCCGAACAUCGUCGUCAGCAGCUGUUCCUUUCUUCGUGGAAGGAACAGACGUAAAUGGAGAUACCAAAGGGAGCAGAGUGUCCAUGACAAGCAAGCAAAUCAGUAGCCGAAAUGCAGCAGCUGAAGCUUUAGCUGCUGCUCGGGCAGCAGCAGCUAACAUAAAUAAAAGGGAGGGGUAUCGUGAUGAUCACCGUCCACGGCGGGGACGAGGACGUGACAGGUACACUUCGAGACGGUAUGGAAGGUACCGAAGGUCGUCACGAUCCCCGUCCAUGUCUCGAUCGCGGUCGCGUUCAAGGUCUCGUCCCCGGUCUCGUUCCAUGUCCAAAUCGCGUUCUCCUGACCGCCGCCGGCACAGCAAUGGACGCACAUUAUCGCCGUCAAACUUAUCUGCAGGCGACCGGUCAUAUCAUUCAAAGCGCGAUGUGCCGAGGCGCCGUUCGCCAUCAGCUGAGUAUCGUCCUUCGCAGACUAAUCGUGACGCUAAGGGAAGGCGCGCCGACGUGCAUGAGUUCCCGGCUUAUUCCCACCACACUAGCGACAUACGACGUGGAACCAAUGCGUUAGGACGUGACGGGGAAGAGCGUCCAAUUCGUCGACGUUCCAGAUCGCCAUUGAAGCAUUCUUUGGCUGAGCCGGGUUUAAGUUCGGAUAGUGCGUCUGAGAGUGAGGCUGCAAUUGGCAUCGAUGCUGCUAAGUUGUCCCGGAAGGAAGGCGAUAAGUCUGGAGAACGCCAUCACAGAGAUAGUAGCAAACGCAGCAAGCACCGUCGUCACAAAUCCAGCCGCAGUUCCCGUACGGAGAAACAGGACAGCGACACGGAAUCCCUUCAACCAGAAGGAAAACUUUUAGACGAUGCCUCUUUGGAAGCGGAUGUCCGUCGUGAACAUAAGACAAGUCCUAGCAGUGGCAGAAAAGAGCACAGAAGCAGCAAGCACAAGCACAGCCGUCACAAAAGCAGUCGGCAUAAAUCCAGUUCAUCUAGCAAGCGCGAAGAAAACGAAGAGGGACGACACCGAUCACGCCGUAAGCGUGAGGAUGAGGAAACUCACGACGAACGAGCAAAGAGGAGACGAGAGUUGGACGAGAAGGCAGACAGUGGGAUCACCGUACAUUAACUAACCAUGCAUGGAUAUGUGUAGGAUUUCCAUCUUGUGAACACGGUGGCCAGUGGUUUGCAACGGAAAGGGCCAGACAUUGUAUUCUAAUUCUUUGAAAUAUCAUCAUGUGCCUUUCUUCUCUUGGAUGUGCCAUUUCAUGAAAUGUGUUCUGUUUAUCAUAUCCAUGUGCCUAUGUAGUUAUUUCAUAUUCAGUUCAUUCUUCCUCC